AUGUAUAUUGACACGCAUGCAAAGGACGACGAGUCAUUGAUACGUGAAGCCAAGACAGAGCUUGAGAAACUGACAAUCAUCCAGAAAGAUGUUGCUGAAUUACUUACUUUAAAGAACGAAGAAAUUAAAAGACUUCGUGAAAAAUGCGUUGGAACACGACGAUCUGAGGAAGACGAUCAAGGAAAAGAGAAGGACGGAGAACUUCGAAGACCUCGAGACAAACGUAAGGAAUCGGGAACAUCAUUCGAAGACGACCAGUCGAAAGACAAAGACACAGAAAUAAAAAGACUGGAAAAACUACUGAGUGAUGCAGUUGCAAGAGCAACGCGUUCGCAAUACGAACUUAGAAGACUGCGUGACAAAUGUAAAGAACCAGGCGUGACAGAUGAAGCUAUAGAGGGAAGAAUAUCCAGGGAGCAAUAUGAAGAAGAACUGCGAGACAAAGAAGCAGAAAUUAAACGAUUGGAGAAACUUCUAAUUGAUGGAGAAACGAGAGCAACUCGUGCACAAUUCGAGCUUAAAAGGUCUCGCGACAAAAGUAGAGACAUUGCAACGUUGGAUGAAGAUACAAGAUCAGCUCUGGAGCAAUGCGAAGAAAAACUGAAGGAAAAGGAAAAAGAGAUUGAUGACUACCGCGAGCUCUGCAAAAAACAAGCCCGCGCAAAAGAGGCAGAAAUUUUAGCGCUGAAAACCACUCUGCAAGAAAAUGGUAAGGGAUUUAUUGCGCAAUUGUUAGAUCCAUCAAAUAUGUUUGUGCAAGAAAUGCAUAACAUAUGAAUGGUGGAAAAAAACAUCUCAGGCGAUGUGGUUACCCUAAUUGACCUGCAUUCCAGAGCCACAUAGUAGUUCUGAGGCAACAUGAAGUAAAGGCUCAGCAAGGGCAUUUGAUUUAAAAACAAAUCUACUGGGCUGUUCUACAUGGUUGCUAAACUGCCAGAUUUAACGACAACAUCCCUCCAUUCACCGGUGCCUAUUGGGAAAGAAAAUCUGCCAAUCAUAGAACGCCUAGUUUAUUUCCUUAUCCAAUUUCACACUUAUAUGAUUGACUCUUGCAGUAACGGACCUUUUAAUUCAUUCUUAGCUAAUCUUACAUGUGUUUUAUCAAGACAUGUAAUGCCAAUACGCCUCAUUGGAUGAAUGUAAAAAGCUCCGCAAACAAUCAAUUCAGAUUCAAGAUUCAAGAUUCAAGAUAGAUUUAAUUGACAUAUGUGCCUGAUGGCACAGUGAAAUGAAUUUCCAUACAGCCAUACAAUAAAAAUCAACAGGACACAACACACUAUAGGGUUUGACAUAAAACAUCCCCACACCGCAGAAUCAAAGUUCCCCACUGUGUGAGAAGGCACCAACGUCAGUCUUCUUCUUCCAUUGUUCCCAGUGGUCAGGGCCUCCCCGUGCCCUCCGCAGUUG